CUCACCUCCACCACGGACAUUUCUCCAUGUCGAAGCCACAAUGGGGUCUCUACCACCGAUUACGCCGCGGCAACGAAUCCUGCACCGAUGCAUCUACGUUUCCCUGGGGUUGAGCUUGAUCAUCUUCGCUCUGUCGAUGGUCUUUCUAGGACUCCUAUCCUUCUUCCUCAGCAUCGUCGCAUUCGCGUUCACCCUCGCUUUCAACAUCACCAUGCUGGUCUACAAGAACAAGGAGGACAAGAUCCGAUACGUGAGUGAUCCUGGGGAUAACGCUCCUAUCGCCCUCGACCAAGUUGGAUCACAACCAUCCAGUCACCCGCCCAGUUCGCGAGCCCAUAUUCCUGCCAUCUGCCGCCUUCCAACCAUCAUCUCCAGCUUCGUCAUAAGCGCCUUUUGGCUGGCGGCGUUCGGGGUUCUCGUUUACUGGGUGGUGAAUUUCUACAAAUUCGAGCCCUCGGACGACGAGUACAAGAUGCUGGGCGCCACUUACGCCGAGGUCGUUUUGGUGUUCCUCGAAGCAGCGCUCGUGGUCUUCAUCGGUAUCACGGCAUUGAAGGAGAGGAAUCAACUGCUAUCGAAUGUCAGUGGGAGAGCGUAGACG